AUGAUCAAUUUUAUUUUAUUUUAUUUUGAUAAAUGGGAAAAAUUUCAAUUUCUCUCAAUAACAGUUGUAUUUAUAGAUACGACUGCAGUAGUUGGAGAAAUAGCUUCUAUUAUUAGAUUCUGCAUAAUUUCCAAAGGCUAAUAUGUUUUUGGAACCUCUGAAGAUAUUUAAAAAUAAUUCUAAAUAGGUCAGUUUGGAAGAAUGUAAGAAAUUUUUUUCUAAUUUUUUUUCUGUUAGACUCACAUAUAAUUAAAAAAUUUCCAAUAAUAACACUUAACUUAAAAACUUAAAAUUCUUCAAAAUUACAAAAGGUUUAAUUUUCAGUUUUGUGGCAAUAAAUUUUGGUUUAAUUUUUUAAUUUAUAGUUUUGUUGAUUUUUUACUUUUUGCAAAUGGUAUUUCAAUCAAUCAUAAUAAAUAUUUAAUUAAUUUAAAAUACUUUGUCUUAUCUUAAUCGGCAUUGUUUUGGUAUUUUUGUACCUCAAUGAAACACUAAAUGGAUUUAAUUUUAAUUAGAAAUCAUUGA